UUACGUUAACGGCACUUAUGGUCACAUGGUUAUAUAAAAAGAUUUAUUGAUGCAUGCUAAUCAAAUUCCUCUUGUUCGUCUCUUGAGAAAGAUCACAAGGGUUGAUGGAGCUUUACAAAAUAUUACCUCUCUUGUUUCUGAUCAGUUUUGCUUCCGGCAAGCUUCUCAGCAAUGAAAUAUUGGUAAAUGGACAAGCCCCGUGUAAAGGCAUCGACCUUGUUUUUCUUCUGGACACAUCGCGAAGCAUUUGGGAGCCAGACUUCAAAAGGCAAUUAAGAUUCGUUGAAGACAUUAUCGACUACUUCAAGAUCGGCCCAGACACACACGACACCAGGGUGGGUGUGGCGACUUUUGCCCAGACCUUUUGGACCCAGUUCUACUUGCGGACAUACUUGGACAAACGGCGAUUAAAAACUGCGAUAAGGUACAUCCGACACAAACAUGGAUACCGUACCAACACUGCUGGAGCUCUUAAAUUCUUGCACAGCUACAUGUUUGAUCCGAGAACUGGGGGAAGGCCUGACGCUAACCAUGUUGCAAUCAUCAUUACAGACGGUAGAUCACAGAACAAACAAGCAACUUUAGAUGCGGCCAAAAUCGCCAGAGAAAAGGGUAUUCAGAUUUUUGCAAUCGGAGUUGGACAACACUUGGACUUUGAGGAGUUGGAAGGCAUUGGGAGUGAACCUGCUGAAAAACAUGUCUUCAAUGUAUCGACAUUUUCAGAGCUUGAAGGAAUCAAAGACAGACUGCCAUCUAACGCAUGUGAAGUGACUACGACAACAACUACGACGACAACAACUACAACUACGACGACAACAACCACGCCACUACCCACAGUUGAUGUAUUGGCGGACGGUCAGAAACCGGCGGACUUCUACAAAAAACACUACUACCAAUACCACGACCAGCCAAACGGCAAUCAUAUCCACCAUAUCGUUAGCGACAAGCCCGCAGACUAUUGUGGAGAAAAGGAAGCUGAUAUCUAUUUUGUGUUGGAUGCUUCUAGCAGCAUUUGGAAACAUGACUUUGAAACAGAACUGAAAUUUGUAUCUGAUAUGAUUGAUGAUUUAAAGAUUGACAACGUCAACGGAAGGAUCAGGGCUGGUGUAGUGGUAUUCAGCAACAGAACAAGAAAUAUUGUCGCCCUGAAUACCAAAAGAACCAAUGCGGAACUCAAGAGGCAAAUCAAAGGAAUUGACUAUGCUACGGGCGUUACUCAUACCUCUGAAGCCAUCAGAUUUGUCAGACAAUAUGGCUUCCGAGAAGGAGUAACCCGCCCAGGUGCCAUAAAGAUUGCCAUUGUAAUGACCGAUGGAAUCUCCAGAUACCCUCAAGACACCAAGGAACAAUCGGAACUCGCUAGACAAGAAAACAUAAUCAUUUUUGCUAUUGGUAUUGGAAAUAAAGUGGACAAAUCAGAGCUUAAGAGAAUUGCAAAUGAUCCCAACAACAAGCAUUUGUUUCAUGUUGACGAUUUUGCUGGUCUCCACGCAAUCAAAAAACUGCUUGUUCUGUCUGCUUGUGCGGUGAUACCAGAUGUUCCUCAGAAUCUUCAAACAUGCAGCGGUGACAAGGAAACAGACGUCUUGUUCGCGUACGAUGCGUCGAGUUUGGGAUUCAGAAAAAGUGAAGUCAUUGGUAGAUUUGUUUACACUCUUGUCUCCAGUCUGGACCUUUCUACUGGGAAAGUUAAUGUAGGCCGGAUCACCGACAACUGUCCAAGAUACAGCAAUGUCCCUCUAGGACGCAACACCAAACUGUUCACAGAUUUACAGUUCCCAGGUAUUGGCCAGUUGCUCCAAUCCAUGAACCAAAGUUUUCCGACCAGGUUGAAUGUAAAAAGGGUUGGUGUACUUAUAGUCGAUGAAAGCACCACGGGGGAAAGGGGCGCCAUAGAUUUCAUUAAGAAGAACCCGUCGUUUGACUUAAUGGUCAUAGCGAUUGGUGAUCCAUACACUACCGGAUUUGCAGCUGAUUUAGCCUCCGAUCCCGACUUUAAUUAUUUGGUUCGAGUCCCCAAAUAUUCUGAUCUUAGUACGGCUUUCAGUCAGGUUUUGGAUAAACUUUGUACAAUUAUCAAGAGGUCGUUUGUCAUUAGUCUUAAACACUGAGUUUAAUUACUUUUGGGGUAUCUGGUGGUCCAUUGAUAUAAAAUUUCAAUAAAUUGAUACCGGUGUAUACGCAUUGACCUUGAAUAACUGAAAUCAAAGGGUUUUUGCUUCAAAGAAAACAGUGUUGUUUAAAACAUUUAUACCAUAAACAUUUAUUUAGGAAUGUGUUUGCCACGUUAAGCAGGUUUAAUCAUGUAUUAUAUUUUUUCUCAUGUACAUAUAUAUCAUAUAUAUUUUAUGUAUGUAUAUCAUCAUUUACAUCAUCCAAGACCACGCAUGGAAGGGAGAAAAUUAAAAUUAUUUUUAUUUAGGAAACUUAGGGGUUGAAAAUAAAAAUAUACAUAGGGAUGAAUUAAAUAUAUAUAUAUGGUCCAAUAACUUUUUCACUUUGUUUUGAUUUGUUUGUUUGUUUUUUUUCUGUUUUUUGGGUUUUUUGGGUUUUUUGUUUUUGUUUUUGUUUUAAUAAGGUCCUGUAAAAUUUACCUCAACUAUAAGCAUUUAUUUCCUAUUGCUAUAUCAUUGUAUCAUACUUAAGGUCAGACGACACGUUCCUCAAGAAUCUUUUUUGUAUCUCCUCGUAAUAAAGAGUUCCAAUAAAAAAUAUUAAUUUUAUAAUUAUUUUAAAAAUGAUUAAAAUUUAAUUGAAUGUGGUUAUGUGUCUAGAUGGCCGAGUGGUUAGAACCGUGGCCGCUCACUGCCAGAAGCAUAUAGGUUCUAGAGGUCGUCAGUUCAAAGCCCCGACCCGGCCGAGAUAGAGUUCUAUUACAGUGAAUUUUACUGUGCUGUAUAUGAAUUUAUUUUUAUAUCAGCAAUUCAAUUGUAUUUUCAAGAAGGUUAUAUAGGAAAUUGCAUACUCUAGUAUUUUGCAGAAAUGCCUGGUAAAGUACCCUAAUUUUUUGCAAGAAAGCUUGUCAAAGUAGUAGUAAACCAUUAACAAAUUCCUGGAAAAAGUUAUCUAAAAUUGAGGAACAUGUCGUCUGACCUUAAGUUGACUACUUUUAUAUUUUCAUGUAUUAAUCAUUCGUGACCAUCUUUCAAAAUAAAGAAAAUAACCAAUAUAA